CACUGAUUAGCGACUAUUAAGUGACUAAGUUCAAAAUACUUGGGUUUAAUUACCUCAAUCCGUUAAUGGACCUGAUUAUAGACUUCUUAAACAAGCCCAGCCUUAUAAAAAAAUUAGUCUUUACAAAUACCAACUACUUAGAGACUGAUAGGCGACUAAUUUGAAGCUUAUUGGGUUAAUUAAACACGAAGUCCAUUAACGGCCCAUCACACACGACCUAACCCUAAUCGUUAACCUAAUCUCUAUUCAUUCUAACAUUUCUUCUUCUUUGUGUUCGUCGCCGUUUUCUCUCUACAUCGAAACCCUAAUCUUUCCCGUUCUUCCCCGUAAAUCGCCGUUUUCUCUCUAACGACGAAGAUGCCUCUAGUCAAGAAGCCUGGACGCAAGAGAAAUGUUGCCCCCAACGCUUCUCUCAGACCCGGUGGCUCUAAUCCAUCAUCUAAGGUGAGAAGACUCAAUCCUCUACCGAGUCAAUACAACUUCACUCCGGCGGCUGAAAAUCCUACGCCUCCGACGCCUCCGACGCCUCAAGAACAAGUCCGCGUUUCUCCCCAGAUAUCGACAUCCGCGGCACCGCAAGUCAGAAACUAUCCACCACCGCAGAUCCUUUUUCAAAGCUCCGUGAAUCGAGUUGGUGUAGAGCAUCCAUCUCGGUCAUCAACCGAAGUGAUGAACAAUCCACCGGUUCAAUCGAAUCCGUUGGAAGAUUCUGCGAGAUCUCCAAAUGCAGCCUCUCACGCUCAAAGUCAUCCUUCUUCUCAAGGUCACAACUUCGCAGAGUCAGAUCCAGUCUUGCCGGAACUCCAGGAGGACACGUUGAGGGCUCUAAACGCGAUACUUAUGGUGCCGGACCGUCAUACGUUCACCACCGUCCUCUCUCCGGAACCGAAGCCUAACACGACUUGGUAUGUCUACGUUUUCAUAAUUUUACAACCGUGUUCUAGUUAGUUGGUUGAUUUUUGUUGUCUUGUUGUAGUAAGUACUCUUAGGGAUUCAUGUCUGUUAUUGGUUGGUUGAUUUUUGUUGUCUGAUUGGUUUAACUAACCGUGUUCUAGUUAGUUGUGAAAAAAAUUCUGAAACAAUUGUGUUCUAGUUUGUAAAUUAGUUAGACUUACAACCGUGUUUCAGUAUUUCAUGUCUGUUAUUGGUUGGCUUCAGAUUGUAGUAAACGAGUGAAUGUGUUUAAUGUCUGUUUCAGUGUGUAGUAAACGAUUUUAACUAACUGUUAUGUGACUUGAUUCUUUUGUUAUGUCUGUCAAAGAACUGACUUGAUUCUUUUGUUAUUUGAGGUUUACUCGUGAUGCAAAAUCAGCACUGGUUCGGAAGAUUACUAGAGUUUUUACAAACAAAUUUGAUGGUCCAUACUACAAUUGGUCAUGUGUGCCUCCGGAUAGACGAGAAAGAUACUUCCUUGAGUUUGCGAAAACACACACUUGGGAUCCUUUAAUAACAGGAACAGUGCAACAGUAUUUCUAUGACAUAUGCCAACGACGGAUGAAAAACAUGGUUAGCGACGUUAGGACUAGUCGAGUGCAACCUAAAUGGAUCGAGGGUGACCUGUGGAAAGUAAUGGUUGCUCAGUGGGAGACUGAAGAAGCACAAGAAAGGAGUCGAAU